UAUUAUGCGCUUUUAAUACGGUAAGUACGGUAGUUAACCACACAUACGUCCCAGACCAGGAAGUGAGAAUCAUUGUCAAGAAAGCUUGUACUGUCUAUGUGCAAGAAAGCUUGCAGACAUCGCUGUAAAGCAAGAAGUGAGCUGUUGUAUAUCAUACGAAGUCCGUGUUGUUAUAAAUUGGUUAGUCAAGAACAAGGAAGAUGCUUUCACCGCGGGUCCUGAAGUCCGCAUCGUCCUUAAUGUGCCGAGGGUUUUCCAUGGGUCAAAUGUCAAGGCAGGGGAAGGCACCUGAUAUGGCUGAGGGAAACACAUUUUUACUUGUGAGCAAUGUUCGCAACAGGCUGAGGGAGAUAGUUGGAGCAUCAACCAACUGGAAAGACCAUAAGCAAGCAUUAACUGAGCGUGCAUCACUAAGCCAGUAUCUUGCUCAGAGUCAGGAUGAACUGCCUGCAAAGACAAUGAAGGACAGUGCAAUCGAGGCUCAUCUUCCUCUGGGUACCCAGCCUGCCUUGAGAGAGAAAUAUCUAAACUAUCACAACAGUGUCAGAUUUGGAAGAAUUUUGGAGGACUUGGACAGUUUAGCAGUGCUAAUCUGUUACUCUCACACAUGGAAUAAGGAGCUGGAAAGAUCUCCACUGUCUAUUGUCACCGCCCUAGUGGACAAGAUCGACAUGAGAAAAAACAUCAUCUACCCAGACUGUGACAUCAAGUUCACAGGUCACGUGACAUGGGUUGGCAAAACCUCAAUAGAAGCUAAAAUGCACAUGUCUCAGUAUCACAAUGGGACUUACACAGACGUAUUAGAUGCCACAUUUGUCAUGGUGGCUCGCGAUCCUGAAAACAAAAGGGCAGCUUUUAUAAACCCAUUGAUACCAGAAGGACCAGAAGAAGAGGCCAUUUUUCAACAGGGUGAAAUUAACAAGAAGAGGCGUGUGGAGCUGAGCACAGCCUCUCUUCUUAAAGUGGCCCCUACAGCUGAGGAGAGGACUCUCGUUCACAACCUGUUCCUCAACACUCUAGACUCGAGAACUGUUAGCUUUCGAAGUCGGAUUUUACCGCCUAACUCAGUGUGGAUGGAAGAUGCCAAAAUGAAAGGGCUUGAGAUCUGCCACCCACAAGAAAGAAAUAUCUUUAAUCGGAUAUUUGGUGGAUUUUUGAUGAGAAAGGCUUAUGAACUCGGUUGGGCCAAUGCUUGUGCAUUUGCUGGAUGCAGACCAACGCUGGUGGCUGUCGAUGACAUCUUAUUUCGGAAGCCAGUAGAAAUUGGCUCCUUGCUAUUGCUUUCCUCACAGGUUUGCUACACAGAAGGGAUGCACGUCCAGGUCAGGGUUCACACAGAGGUGCUUGACCCAUUGACCCGGCAGCACAGCACCACCAAUGUGUUUCACUUCACCUUUCAUGUUGAGAAGGAGGUCCCAUCUGUUGUACCACAGAGCUAUGGAGAGUCUAUGCUUUACCUGGAUGGAAAGAGGCACUUUGAUGAGACGAUGAGGACCCAAAUUUGAGCAUUCCAAGAUGUGCUGAUAGGAUGAGAUUCCUGGCAAAGCUACAGUGACAGUCUCAGCUGUGGUUACAUGACCAUUUGUAUGUGUGGAUUCAGCUUUUUUAUUUUAGUUUGCCAUUUUAUAUUUAUAUAUUUUAUUACUCGCCGUAUUUUACAUGAAUGUAAAAUAUUUUUUAGCAAUUUCAAGUUAACAUCGGGAGAGGACAUUUUAGGAAAUGGUGUGUUUAGCUGUUUAAGGGUGUUUUUUUAUGCGGCCAUAUAUCAAUGGUUGUACUGUUGCAACCUAUUUAGUUAUUGAGACUUACAACAGACCAUGUUUUAUUUGCACUAGAAUUACAUUUAUAAGGAAAGAGGACUUUAAAGACUAUUCAACCAAGUGAUUUUGAUUUGAUUGAUUUUGUAGAGUUGCUGAUCUAAAUCCUGCCAGGGCAAUUCAUGAACAACCGAGAUUUAUGCACAAACUCGGAGUAUAAAUCCAGUCUUCCUUUCUUGCUCUCUUCAAAAGGAAAUGAGGAGAUCCUAAACUGGAGAUCAGAUAAGUCCAAAAACUUUACCUUAGACAUCUGUCUUAGAGAGCUCAGUGACAGAAUGGGAAAGAAUCAGGUCUUGCAGUUAUAUCUGCAUUAUGUUUCAGAAUGCUGACAAUAUGGGUAAUAUUAACUUUUGUCAUUAUUAUUAUUAUUGUAAAUGUUAUAAACAACCAUGGAAGUUUGUGAAAAAUGGUAGUUUGGCCCUGCAAUGGACAGUACAGUUAAAACUACAGAUUUAAUAUGGAAAUUAACAUGAUGCCUUUCAUGUACACACUACCUGUGCCAGAAUGAUCAAAAACUGAUAAAUGAAUGCAUGCCAUUUCAAUGUUUUUAAUAUGUUGAUAUGUGUGUAUAUAUAUAUAUAUAUAUAUAUAUAUAUAUUUUUUUUUUUUUUUUAAAUGCUUUUAAUAUUUUAUUCACAUGUAUAAUGCUGCUGCCUUCACAUGCCAUUUUGCAAUUUUGACUUGAGUGGGCAUUCAUGUCCAAUUUUUUAACUAGGAAACUAGUUAACUUUCUGAUAACAUGUCGUAACUACACAGAACCUUAAAUAUCUUUAUCUACAUCUAUAUUGCUUCAUAUAUCACAUGUAUUCUUAUAUUGACUUAUUCCACAAGUAAACGUGUCCAAUAUUAGGUGGAUUACUGAAGUGAGUUGUUGGGGCAAGUGGGGUUGGUUGGCACAUUUUUCUCUCUCUGUUAUAUGUUUCAGUCAUGCUAUAUAUGUUCAAAUAGUCUAACCAGUAACAAUUAAAAGUUUAAGAUCUCA